UAACCUUCACCUGGUCUCGCCUGUUGUGUUCUCCUCUUCCCUUCCCUUGUGGUCGGCGGCUGGGUGUCCGUCCUUCCCACUGCCCGCUUUUCCCGAGGCGUUCGAACGGCCCCUGGCCCUCGGCGUCUCUCUCGGGCUCUGUGGUGACUUUGCCCUCGCAGGUCGUGGUUCUGGCCGGGGUGCCUUCGGGCUUGGUCAAGGCCUGGCACCUGGUGUUGGAGGAGAGGGUCCCAUCUUGAGGAGGGGGAGCAUGGGGAGCGGCUGGCCUUGGGCUAGCGCGUGAGCCCUUGCUUUGCUAUUUUAUGCGUAUAAGGUCUGUGAGCAGUUGCAGCGGCAGUGCGGAAACCUGCAGCGGUCAGUACCUGCGCGAUUGGCAAAGUUGACAGGAUGACAGGAAUGGAGACUGAAACUGCAAGAGACAAAGCCAUGGAAGAAGAAAGCACUGAACAGAAAAAGGAGAGAGAGAAAAAGAAGAGGUCAAGGGUUAAACAGGUGCUCGCAGAUAUAGCGAAACAAGUGGAUUUCUGGUUUGGCGAUGUUAAUCUCCACAAAGACAGAUUUCUCCGAGAACAAAUAGAAAAGUCCAGAGAUGGGUAUGUUGACAUAUCACUUCUUGUUUCUUUCAACAAAAUGAAAAAAUUAACUACUGAUGGAAAAUUGAUAGCUCGAGCAGUUAAAAGUUCAUCUGUUGUAGAGUUGGAUUUAGAAGGAACUAGAAUCAGAAGACGCCAGCCCCUGGGUGAGCAACCAAAGGAUGUGGAUAGUCGUACAGUCUACGUGGAGCUGCUUCCCAAAAAUGUCAAUCACAGCUGGAUUGAGCGGGUGUUUGGGAAGUGUGGUAACGUAGUUUACAUCAGUAUACCCCGGUAUAAAACUACUGGCGAUCCAAAGGGAUUUGCUUUUGUUGAAUUUGAAACUAAAGAACAAGCAGAGAAAGCUAUUGAGUUUUUGAAUAAUCCGCCAGAAGAAGCACCACGGAAACCUGGGAUUUUCCCCAAAACGGUAAAGAAUAAGCCUGUUCCUACCCUGAAUACAAGUAACAGCAGCGUAGUAGAAGAGAAGAAAAAGAAGAAAAAAAAGAAAUCCAAAAUCAAGAAAGAGAGCAACGCGCAGGCAGCUGUAGAGACGAAGGAAUCGAACACGAACGCUACAACAGAGCAAGCACCCAAGUCAAAAAGACAUAGGACUUCAUCAGAGUGCUCAGAAAUGGAGGGAACUGAGACUCACAGGCAGCCCUCGAGGAGAGAGAAGAGAAAGUGGGACAGAACAGAAAGCUCAGAGGGACCUUGGGAAAGCAGGCCGGGGAAGAGAAAAAGAACCAGCUCUGGAGACGGUGAGACAUCAACCCCCAAAGUCAAGAAAACUGUUCAAAAGGAUGAAGUUCGUCCUGUAAAAGAAGAAACAACAGAAGCUCCGAAGGAUUCCAAUGACGUUUCUGCAGAAGAUGACAAAGAUAAAAAAGACACAUCCCUUUCAAAAUCAAAAAGGAAACAUAAGAAAAAGCACAAAGAAAGACACAAAAUGGGUGAAGAAGUCAUUCCACUCAGAGUGCUCUCCAAGACCGAAUGGCUGGAUUUGAAGCAAGAAUAUUUGGCCCUUCAGAAAGCCAGCAUGGCCUCCUUGAAGAAAACCAUGUCUCAAAUCAAACCUGAGCCUGUGGGAGAGAUGGAAACGGAAACUUGUGCGGAGAAAAAGCCUCAGUCUGAAAAUGACAAACCCACAAUGGGGCCCCAGUUCGUGAGUGGAGUAAUUGUGAAGAUCAUUAGCGCUGAGCCCCUGCCGGGCAGGAAGCAGAUCAAGGAUGCUUUAGCAGUGCUGGCUGACGUUGCCUAUGUUGACAUGCUGGAGGGAGACACGGAAUGUCAUGUCCGUUUUAACACUCCUGAGGAUGCACAGAUUGUCGUGAAAUCAUACAAAGAAAUACAGAUCAAAAACAACUGGAAAUUAGAAGUUCUCACGGGUGAUCAUGAGCAACGUUACUGGCAGAAGAUUUUAGUGGACAGACAAGCUAAGCUUAACCAGCCUCGAGAAAAGAAACGGGGUACUGAGAAGUUGAUUGCUAAAGCUGAAAGGAUGAGACUUGAAAAGACUCAACAAACAAGUAAACACAUUCGCUUCACUGACGAUAACUAACCAAGACCGAUCGUGAUCUUGAAAGUGAACUAGAUAUUUAAAAAAAAAAAAAAAAAAAAACAAAAAAACAACAACAACCAAAAACAAACCCCACAAACACACCACUGCUUACAGCAACUAAACCGUUUUUAAGAAGGCAUCAAAACCUGGUCCGUUUGAUUCAUGAUUCUGCAGACUUGCAAGUAUGAAGAUUGUUUUGAAUCCCGUUUUUAAAUAGGCUGAAUGUUUACUGCUUCUGAGCCGUUAGGUAAAGCUUUCUGGGGAAAAAAAAUGUAUUAAGAGAUCUUGCUUUAUUUCACUUCUGAUUUCGUUUGAGUUUUUUUUUGUAUGUUGAAGUUUUAUACACUAGGUUCUGAAAUAAAAUGCUUGAGAAAUUUUCAGUUGUGCAUCUCUAAUUCUUCAAUCUGUUUUGUGACACUG